CAUCGCUUACGCUCGCUUGUCUCGUUCACAUCAGCCUGAUCCGUCAGUCAGAACUCGUCAAGAUGGCAAAGAAGAAGAAGGCUGCGCUGAAACCCAAUCCAGCUCGCGGGUUCGCAACGACCAGCGUUCCUUCCAAGAAGGAAGAUCCUCCCUCUGGGGCAUCAUCAGGCACGAGCACUCCCCGCACGCAGACUGCUGAAGAGCAAGAAGCGGCUAGAUCAGCUGCGGAUGAGCUGGGCUUGGGUACUGGAAAUGCGCCAAAUGCGGUUGGCGGGUAUGGGAAGGGCAAGGCACAGGAAUGGACAGAGGAGAUGGCGGAGGAGAUGGCGCUGCAGCUCGUCACGGACAGAGUGUGGGACAGAAGCGAGAAGGAAUCAGCGAGGCUUUGGAAGAUCAUCGAAUAUGAUAGGCGGCUGGCGGCUUCCUUGCCGAGCUUCAUGAUGGACCCGAUACUGCGGGAUCAGAUCCUGUCUCAAAUUCCAGCAGAUCCUCAACCAUCGCAAGGCAGCGUAGCCUUUUCGGCGCUAGUGCCUAGUCUCACAGCUACUUCUUCAGCCACCUCACUUCUGGCUCGAGGUCUGACCACGCACUCCUUACUCCUCCGACUCGGAUUCACGCCUGAGCAAGCAGAGCAAGCUCUGAGCAACACGCCAAGUGCAGACGUGGACGACUGUCUCGCUUGGCUCUGGACACGUUUGGACGAUGAGGAAGUCGAUAAAGCCCGCGCGCGGUGUAAUAGAGGCGAGCAAAUGGGCGAGGUGGAAGAUGCUACUAUUGCGCCAAAGCAUGACGGAUUCUCAUUCGAGAGGGGAUCUCCUCAGAAGGCCGCACCGCAGCCUAAGGUCGUAGAAGCGCGUGCUCCCAUUCUCGAGCUCAGUCCUGGAGAGCUAGCAGCUCGCAGGGAAUCCAUACGGCAGUGCGCCAGGAGCGCCCUUGCGCUAGCUGCAGAGCUCGAAAAGUUGGAGGAAGAAGUAGAUGCGCUAGAGGAUCCGAUUGGAGCGUACGCAAGAUCGAAAGCUGGUCUGAUCCAGCUCGACAGAGUCUCGGCCACACUGAGCAAAGCCAAAGCAGCAGGCAACGAGUCAGAAGCGCCAGGACUGCUUCGGGCAGAGGUGAAAGAGGCGGAAAGAAGGAUAGAAGUUGUGAGACCUCCGCUUGAGCGAACGAGAGACGCGGUCAGCAAGGGCAAAUGGUUUGAUAGGAAAGCGGGAGAAGAGGCUUUCAGAGUGGAGAUGGAAAAGGACAAGGAACGACAGCAGAAGGAAAAGGAGGAGAAGGAGGCAAAAGAGAAGGAAGAGCGGUUAGCUCGCGGCUUGCCGGAUCCGAAUGGCGAGGCCGAUAACGUCGCUCAAUCUUCUGCAGCUCCCGCCGCCAAGACUGAUGUUGAGUCGUCCACUCCGCAAGGAGCAAACACAGACAAAGAUGCACCCACCGAUGCCGCUUCGGAUGCCGGGUCAGACGUCGGAAGCAUUGCAUCGGACGGCAUGUUUGGAGAUAUGCUCAAUGAAGCACCGACACAGAUAACGGAUGAAGAGACGGGAGGUGUGGUGCAUGUUUGGCCUUUACCGCAGCCAGCUCUGAAAGGCAGCGGAGGCGGCAAGCUACCCCGAUCACUGCUCAACGAAGCACUGAGGAGAGUGGACAUGGCUGCCUCAGCCAGAUAUCAAUCCCUCGGUGGAAAGAGUGUUUGCCGAGCUGCUCUGAUCUUGCGGUGGACCCCUCCUGGAGUUGGCAAGGUGGUGGUGGACACCUACAAGCUUACAGGCAUUGGAGCUGGCUCGCCUUCGGCUGCUGAAGAGCUGCUUGCUAUUGUGGCGCUCACAUGCAUGGAGCGAGACAGGCAUUACGAGCGCAAUCUAGGCAAGGGUUGGCGAGAGUGGUGGGAUGAAGUCGAAUCUGCGCGUAAAGCGGAACGAGACGCUAAGAGGCGCACACACGUUGAGAAGGUGGGGACCCUGCUUGCUGCUAGACUUGAUGACGAGCGUCACAGGGCAGAUGAGAAGGAUAGGCUCAAGAAGGCAAACGCUGCUGCGGCUGCUUCUGCACCUGGCGGAGCUGUCACUCUUGCAGGUCCACCAAACGGCACUGAGAGUCCGGACACUGAAGAGCAGAAAGAUGUGCAAGCCCCGUCAACUGUGCAGCCUUACAGCGACGCAGAGGCCGAGGCGACGAGAGCGAUGUGGCAGCGCACCACUAGCAGCAAUCGUUUCGCGCAGAUGCUGCCAGGUCGACAAGGUCUGCCGAUCGCCAAAUUCAAAGACACCAUUCUGGAGACGUUGCACAAGAAUCAGAUCUUUGUGCUCUCUGGAGAAACUGGAUGUGGAAAGUCUACGCAGGUGCCAGCUUACAUUGUCGAAGCCUGCAUGGCGGCUGGACAGCCUUGCAAAGUGUACGUCACGGAGCCGAGACGUAUCUCUGCUAUUUCGCUUGCUGAACGUGUCAGCCAAGAGCUGGGCGAGGCGCCGAACGCUGUCGGAUCGGACGACAGUCUGGUUGGUAGCGGGGUGCGUCUUGACAGCAAGAUUGGUCGCAAUGCCAGGUUGGUCUACGCCACUACCGGUAUUGUUCUUCGCAUGCUUGAAAGUGGAAGGCUGGAAGGCGUCACUCAUAUCGUCCUUGACGAAGUGCACGAACGAUCAAUCGAGUCUGACUUCUUGCUCAUCAUUCUCAAGACGCUCAUGCAAGUUCGUACGGAUCUCAAAGUCAUCCUGAUGUCGGCAACUCUCGACGCAGAACGCAUCAGUGCGUACUUUGGAGGAUGUCCUACCAUUGCUGUUCCAGGCAGGACUUUCCCUGUGGACGUGAGGUAUCUAGAGGACGCCGUUGAGCUUACGGACUACACCAUCGAGGACGGAUCGCCCUACGCGCGGAGGCCAAAGAGAUGGAAUGACCGCAAAGCUGAUGUGCCAGGCAACAGAGCCAAGUUGACCUCGACCGAGGCUGAAGAGGAAGCACCAGACCUUGAUGACGAUGAUGAGCAAGACGGGCCCGCAAGCACGACGACUACAGAAGAGAUCAAGAAGUACAGGCCGAAGACCAUCUCUACGCUUGACCGUAUGGAUGAGAAUGUGAUUCAGCACGAGCUGAUCAUCACCUUGCUCGAACGCAUCUGCUUCGAGGACGAUACAUUGAGACCGUAUAGCCCGGCUAUCCUGAUCUUCAUGCCUGGUAUUGCGGACAUCAGGAAGCUGACCGAUCUUCUCAACGGUCAUCGCUCGUUUGGCUCUCAAUCAUUCCGCAUCUUCCCUCUGCACUCGACCAUCUCCAACGAAGAUCAAGGCUCCGUCUUCAAUGUGCCGCCCAGAGGCGUUCGCAAGAUCGUCAUUGCGACCAACAUCGCCGAGACGGGUAUCACCAUCCCAGACAUCACAUGCGUGAUCGACAGCGGCAAGCAUCGCGAGAUGCGAUUCGACGAGAAGAGGCAGCUGAGCAGAUUGGUCGAAUGUUUCGUCGCCAAGAGUAACGCGAAGCAGAGAAGAGGACGUGCUGGACGUGUCCAAGAAGGUCUGUGCUUCCACCUCUUUACCAAGCUGCGACAUGACAAGUACUUUGCGGACCACCCAUUGCCCGAGAUGCUCAGACUGUCAUUGCAGGAUCUGGCGCUGAAGCUAAAAGUCAUGAAGGUUCGCAUCGGCACCAGCAUCGAGGACGCUCUCAGCAAAGCUAUGGACCCGCCUUCCAGCGUCAAUGUUCAGCGAGCGAUCGCAGCACUGGUCGAAGUCAAAGCUCUGACCGCGUCCGAGGAGAUUACGGCUCUCGGCCGACACUUGUCACGUCUACCGCUCGAUGUGCAUAUGGGCAAGUUCCUGCUCAUUGCGGCGCUCGUCGGAGCUCUGGAUCCAGCGUUAACCAUCGCUGCGACGCUCAACUCUAAGUCGCCCUUCAUCACGCCGUUCGGACGAGAGGCUGAAGCUGACAGAGCCAAGGCUAGCUUCAAAGCGGGAGACUCGGACUUUGUUACGUAUGCGAAAGCAUUCGCAGCUUGGAGACGCGCCAUCGACAACAAUUUCGCGAGGCAAUUCUGCACGAAGAACUUUUUGAGUCCGCAGAAUUUGCAGGGCAUAGAAGAGCUCAGGUUGCAGUACUUUGGCUACCUCCUCGAUUCCGGCUUUGUGACUGUAAACGCAGAGGCCAAGCAAGACUUGGCAAAAGCUCGCUUCAGAUCUGGAAGGAAUGCAAAGCCUCUGAUGAUUCCCGAGCACUUGAGCUUGAAUGCCAACUCGCUCGCCGUACUGAAUGCUGCGCUCUGUGCUGGCUUGUACCCCAAGCUGCUAGCUAUCGAUUCUCGGUCCUACCAGAUCCGCACGAUCGGUAACAAUGCACCGGCUGCUAUCCAUCCUAGCUCGGUCAACUUCCGCUCUCGUCUUGGAGACUUGCCUAAGGGCUUCAAUCAUCUCGUCUACUUCACGCUCAUGCAGAGCAAGAAGCUGUAUGCCUGGGAGACUGGAGCUGUUGAUGACAGGGGCAUUAUAUUGAUGUGUGGUGAUGCCGACUUCAAGGUCACGUCGAGUAGUCUUUUCAUCGAUCGUCAACGCAUUCGCUUCUUCAUACCCGACUCCAAGACGCUUUUGGCACUGCGCCUCCUGCGAGACCAGCUGUCAAAGUUGAUCAACUCCUCGUACCGCAACCCCGGGAGAGAGUGGACGCAAGAUCAGCGGAAUUACUUCGAUCUUGCGACGCAAGUUUUGGGCAUGGGUGCAAAUGACAAGGAUAAUGUUAUGCAAACUUAGAGAAAUCGACAUUCACGUUCCUCAAUAGACACCAAGAUAGACCUGCUUCAUUGAAAGACAUGCCUUCGAUUAUAUCUCAUUGGAAGAAAGAAGAACAUAUGAG